AUGGACAGCUUGCUUCCAACAACCAUACUGACAGUCAAUGAAAAUGUCACUGACAGAAGCCACCAUGGAAAUGCCAAUGAGAGCUCUGAGUUGCUACCCUUACCUUUCCCACACUGCCCAAAAUACAAGGAACUUCUGAGAGAAACCUUUGCAACAAGGGAUUCCCAAAGACAAAUUUUUGCAUUCCGGACAUUUCUGAGGUUUUUAGCAGCUCAUACAGGAUACCCAUUGAAGAAAAUUGAAUGUGUCAUCUGACUUUCAGAUAACUUGGCGAAUGAAGACAUUAAGAAUUACACUCUCCCUGCUUGGGCUACUCAUGGUGUCAGGAGCAAGCUGACAAAGCUUUUGGAAUGGUUACUGCAGGUGGAAUUUGGGUUCCACAAACAGACACAGAAAUCCUCUUUGCAGGGAGGUAUUCUUUUAAAAACUCUUGUAAAGCAUACCUCAGCUACUAGAAAGCCUUCACACCAGCAAAAAUUGGUGACAUACUCUGCACACGCAGCCACCUUUGCUGCCUUGCAGGUGGCACUCAAGGUCUUCAGCGGGAAGGUGCCUCCAUACAGAGCCUGUCAUCUGUUUGAGCUGUACCAGGAAAGAGAUGGGUACUACACCAUCCAGAUGUACUCCUGGAAUAACUCCUUGCCAGAUGGUCACCCCCUCACUCUCCCUUGCUGCAGAUUUCACUGCCCACUGGAGAAAUUUCCUCACUUGGGCUCCCCAGUCCCAGUACACCACUGGACCAGAGAAUGUAGGACACAAGAGGUUUGA